AAAAAUGUACCAAGACAACCUUGUUAAAAAUCUGCUACCAUCUACCAGAAUGACAAAGAUGAAACAAGGCUGGACAUUUCAUUUCAAGACAAUGAUCCCAAAUUCACAGCAAAGAAAACUCAAUUGGUUUCAGAGAAAGAAAAUAAAGCUGCUAGAAUGGCCCAGCCAAUCACCUGAUUAGAAGCCCAUAGAAAAUCUAUUGAAAACUAAAGAUCAGAGUUCAUAGAAGAGGCCCAUGGAAUCUGCUAAGUCCAGGUCUUUCUGAAGCACUCCACGAGUGGCCUUUGGCUCUUGGACAACUCUUCUGAUAAUUCAGUGGUUUAGAAAUCCUUCUAUAACCCAUGCCAUCAGUAUGUUUUGCAACAGUAAGGUUGCAAAGCUCUUGCGAGAGCUCUUUGCUUUUACCCAUCAUGAGAUGUUUCUUGGUAAUGAGGUGCCUUUUUUAUAGGCCAUCAGUUGGGACUGAACCAGCUGAUAUUAAUUUGCACUGACAAGGGGAAGGAUUGCUUUCUAAUUACUGAUUUCAGCUGGUGUCUUGGCUUUCCAUGCCUUUUUGCACCUCCCUUUCUUUAUGUGUUCGAUGCAUUUUCCCCUCUGUCAUUUCACAUUAAUACACAUAACUUAAUUUAUGGACAUCUAUGGUUUGGUUUCUUUGUAUGUGUGGAUUACUUGGGUUGUUCUGGUGAAAAUUUCAUGUCAAUAGCACCUUUUGAAAUAUUGUUAAAUAACCAUUUAACAACUAGCAAGGCACUCACUGAGUAGUGUUUAGGUAGUAGUGGUAGUUAACAUACAUCUUAAGAAAUAUUUAGCGGUGGGAAAAAGGGCAGUUGCAAAGCUACUCCCUGUAACAUAACAGGACAUUGUUAUUUGUGCUGUUGGGGAAUAAUGUUCAGUUCCAAAGUUUCUCUGUGACAGUCUUCAUGGGGGAAAGAAUAUCAUUUUAGCGUGAAAAAUUCUUUCAUAAGGCAGACCUCAGUGAAUUACUGGGGCUGAAGGACUAUAUGGGGGUAAUGUACCUCAUUACUCUGGUUGAAAAGGUGGUGCCUGUGUCUGACGAGCAUGUGAAGGUGACGGAGGAGAACUUUGAUGGAGUGGAGGUGGUGGUGUACCAGCCAAAACAGCAGGGUGGUGACAGUGAGCUCAGGAGAGCUGUCAUAUACCUGCAUGGUGGAGGAUGGUGUCUGGGGAGCGCCAGGAUGAGUCCGUACGAUUUCCUGGCCAGAAAAAUAGUCACUGAGCUAGAUGCAGUGGUUCUUUCUGUAGAGUACCGCCUUGCCCCUGCUCACCAUUUCCCUGUCCCAUAUGAGGAUGUAUACAAUGUGGUCAAACACUUCCUCCAGAAGAGGGUGCUGGCCCAGUACUCUGUGGACCCAGGACGCAUUGCUGUGUCUGGAGAUAGUGCUGGGGGAAACCUGGCAGCUGCUGUCUCCCAGCAGUUACAAAAAGAGCCUGGACAGCAGGUUCAGUUGAAGGCCCAAGCACUCAUCUACCCUGUGCUGCAGGCUUUGGACCUUAACACCCCUUCCUACCAGCAGAAUCAGGACAUGCCCAUUCUUCCCCGCACCCUCAUGGUGCGUUUCUGGAGUGAGUACUUCACCAGUGACAAGGCUCUUUUCAGAGCCAUGAUGGCCAACACCCAUAACUGCCCUGAAUCUUCCAGCCUGCUGAAGUUUGUCAACUGGAGCGCCUUCCUGCCAGAAAUAUAUCAUAAAAAAUACAACUACAGUGUUCCUGCUGUGGCAGAGGGAGUUGGAGGGAAGGCAGUUGGGAUGGAUGGACCAUCUCAAUCCUUUGCUGACCCGAGGGCAUCGCCCCUGCUUGUUCCAGACACGGCCUUACACACUCUGCCCAAAGCCUACAUUCUAACAUGUGAGUAUGAUGUUCUCCGAGACGAUGGGAUCAUGUAUGUCAUGCGGCUCCGUGCUGCCGGUGUUGAGGUGACACAUGAACAUUAUGACACAGGAUAUCAUGGAGCAAUGAUGUUCACUGUGUGGCCAACCGACUUCCUGAUUGCACGUCGGAUGAUAGACAACUAUAUUAAAUGGCUCAAGGAAAACUUGUAAAAACUCUUGAGUAUUAAUAUCCAUUCCAGUUUUUCCACACAGUGCGCCAGAGUUUGAUUAGGUGCAUUUGUUUCCCAUCUGGUGUUCUACUUUCUGUUCAUUUGUUUUGCUUUGGACUUUCGAUUUUCUGUAAAUAUAUUGAGCAAUUUAUUCACUUCUUUUUCCACUCACAUUAGAUAUCUGUAGGAAACAGAAUUUUGAAAGAACAGUUCAUGCUAUGUUUUUUUUAUUUUUUUUAUUUUUUCACAAAACCUGGUUAAGUACAGCACAACACAUGUGAUACCAUCACCCAUGUAUAAAAGUAUUACAGUGUUUAUUGUCCAACAAACACAGUACUACUCAGAAAGGUCAGAGGGUAAAAAUCAUUCACAUAUGUAAAGAUGGAUGACGUUUCGCCACUUCCUUCCACUGUACAAAAAUGAUGAGUGUCAUCUUGCACUGGUCAGGUCAUUUGGAGCCAGAGUCUGUGCAGUCAUGAUCAGGUGGUGUAGCUGUAUUCAGACACCCAUCUGACUCAAUUGCAAGCAGGGCUCAGGUGUCAAUCAUGACACCACACUUCCUUUCAAUAGCACCAGGUAAGUAAAACCAAACUUACCAGAAACGUGAACACUUGAAUCUAGAUCAGUGUGGUAAGAACUACCUUGGUUUUAUUUUGGCAUAUGCUCCAUCUGCUGACAUGGAGGGGAUGGGGUCAUGCCCCAUACUGCAGUCAGCCACCAGGGGGUGAUUAAGGUGUUCUGGCUUCAUUUUUGGGAGCUCUAAUGCCUUCCAUCUUCAUAUAUGUCAAUGAUAUGUAAAGUCAAACUGUGGAAUAUGACAAAAGUUGCUGUUAUGCGUGAUGAUAGUAGCUGGCCCUGUGUGGUGCUGUUCGUUGUUGUUUCCCAGCACAGGACCUGCUACCUGAUCUUAUGUCUGUUGUGUCAGUGUCAAUACUAGAAGUGAGCAAUGCAUGGUACUAGAUUCAGUGCUUUUCCAUUUAGGGUUUUAAGAAUACAGUUUAAUACUUGGCGCACAUGAAGAGGAGUUUCACAAAAGCCAAAAAUUUGGCCAAAGUCAACAUUUAUCACUGAGUGCAGCUGAUAUUGAAACCUAAGACUGUUUUGAUACAUAUAAUUCCUGUGUUCCUGACAUUGCAUCAAAGGGUGACAAGUGAUAUUAAGUUUAACAAAGAAAGAACUAGCCCUCAGUUGUGUAGCCCAUACAUGUAAAUUAAUGAGCCACAUUCCACCCAGAAUAUUGGUUUAUAAGUUAAGACCAAGCUGUGAUAAGGAGCAUACCUCCAAACAUUCUUCACAUCAUGCCUACACGCAUUUUUAGUGAUUGAGCUUUGUGUGAUGUAGCAAUACGUCAAAGAGAGGGUUAAUAUCCAAGAGGGAAUUAGAACAACAUUUUAUUUGGAGCCUUAAUAUUUACAGCACAGCACGUGUCAGCAUCUUGAGAGUUCUCUACAAUAAAUAUUAUAGGCUGUGUGUGUGUGUGUGUGUGUGUGUGUGUGUGUGUGUGUGUAUUCUAACCCCAUCUUUGUUCAAGCAUGAGUUUACUGUAGUGUAGAUUAAAAUGCUUUGCAGGUGGCAACCCAGAAAUUACAGUCAUUUGAGAAUAGCAAUAAAUUUCACUGAACAAUAAAUUUAACCAUCUACAUGUUCACAAUAAAUAAGCUAGUAUAGCUCCCAGUAAAGAGCUGCCUUGGUGUAAUGAAUAUAAGAAAUGGCACAGUGGCGGCUGCGCCACUGUUAGAUGAAGUUUCCUGCGCAAGAUCAAGUACCAGUUUGAUGAUGAAAUUUGGAAUAGUGUGCAGACAGGAGACUGGCGGUAAGACUGUAGCCAUAUCUCUAGGCUGUGACUUGUCUAUGACUGCAGUUUGUUAGUCCCUGAAUCUCUGCUAUAACAACAUUCGAAUGAAAUGAAAUUGUAUUUGUUUUUCCCUGAGGCCCAACAGUCAUAUGAGGUGGCUUGAAACUACGCACUUGUCUCUCCCUUUUAUCUUUCUGUCUGGGUGACGUCGUCCUGUGAGUUCACUGCACAUGGGAUGGUUAUCUAAAAAAUAACAGGGAGGUAAAAGGUUACCAAAAAUAACCCUUGAUAUAAAUGCCUCUGUUCUUUAAUAUCUCACUGUACUGUUCAGAAAGAGUUAUGGUUGAUAUAAACCAGCUCAAAGGUUUUUUUUUUUCAGUUUCUCAUUUUCACAAAAAAAAUUGCAUUACACAAUUGCAUUAAGUAUGUAACUAAGAAGAGACAGCUUUACAGUUGGGUUUUGUCAUUUUCUGGAGCACUGUUACAUUCUCAGAUGUAAAUAUGAUUACUUCUGUUUUUGUUUUGAACCUCCUCCUGGUAAACUUAACAAUUUGCAUAAUUUUUGAUUUUAAUGGUGUCUGUCAAUAAACUAAAUUUACCUUUAAACUA